AGGCAGUUUUCAGGCCAAAUGAGUGACGUCAACAAUGCCAGCGAUGCUGCGUUUGCAACUGCAGUUGCAGCAGCUGCAUAUGCUAUCACUUCACUGGAAGAAGAAGAUCCAUUGAACCAGAAGCGCCCUCCAGCCAAGAUAAAAAGCAAAAGGGAAGAUAGCAUGAACAAGCCAACUGAUAACAUACUAUCGAGAUGGUUAACUGGCUACGAUGAAAAACAAUCAGAUCAUUCUCCAGUGAAAAAGCCGGUAGGAAACAAAGAAAAAAUGCUAGACGAAUCUGGGUUCGAUCGCAAACUUUCAGGAAAAGAAAAGGAAACUAAUCUAAUCACUAAAAGGACACCAACGAUCUCUGAUAAGUAUCCAGAUGAUACAGGCAGUAUUAGAUCUGAAAACGGACAAAACCAAAAAAGGAGACAAGCAUCAUCCACAAUCAAACCUACAGCAUCACUUUCUGGGAAAGGAAAUGGAGUUGAGAAAACAACUGGUUAUGAUACAGUGGAAACAAAAGCAAAUGCAUGGGAGAGAGAAAAGAUGGACGAAAUUAAGAAAAGGUAUGAAAGGAUGAUGAAUGAAAUUCGGGAGUGGGAGAAUCAGAAGAAGGUGAAGGCCAAACACCGACUGGAUCGAAAAGAGAGAUAUGUGGAACGCAGAAAAGAAAAGGCAUUACAAGAAUAUCGUUACAAGAUAGAAAGAAUUGAUCGAGUUUCUGUUGACGCAAGAAACUUAGCAGAAGAAAAGAGAAAAAAUGACGAGACCAAGACACAAGAGAAGGCCAGAAUGAUGCGUUCAAAGGGGAAUGGACCUCACACAUGCUUGUGCUUCUAAAACAUCACCAGAAGAGAAGAAACAGUAUCUGGUCAAGACACUACAUCAAUAUAACUCAAAGGCAGUUUGCUUGUGGAUCUUUCAUUCUAUGUAUAAAAAUCAACAUGUGCAGAUCAAUGAACAUCUGGUAUAUCUUGGUUU